AUGUCUUUUCUUACUGCUACUCUCGUCACUUUGCUAUUCGUUGUAGUUAUUGCAUAUAUAUGGCGCAUUCGAAAGGCUUAUGAUUUCUUCAUUCGACUCGGCAUUCCAGGACCAACACCAACUUUUUUCUUUGGCAAUCUUUCAGACGUCAUUAAAGCUAAAAGAAUAUCGGCUGCGAUCCAGCAAUGGACUGAGAAGUAUGGUCAUAUCUUUGGUUAUUUCGAAGGACAUACGCCUAUUCUUGUCAUAUCAGAUCCAGAUAUUCUUCAAGAUUUAUUUGUUAAAUCAUUUUCGAAGUUUCAUUCCCGUCGUGAAUCUCCUUUUGCAAGUCAACACGCAAAGGAUGCUCAUCUGUUCAAUGCCGUUGGUCUUCGCUGGAAACGACAACGGUUUGUUCUGAAUCCAACAUUUUCCUCGUUAAAAUUAAAACAAAUGUCACCAUUGAUUCAUCAAAGUAUCGAAAUGCUAAUGAAAAAAAUGGCGGAUCAGUGUGCCAGAGGUGAACCAUUUGAUAUCUAUGCAUAUUUCAAACGAUUCACAAUGGACACUAUUUGGUCAUGUGGUUUCGGUCUCGAAACUGACAUGCAAAAUAAUGUCAAUGAUCCAUAUCUCCUCAAUUCGGAAAAGAUGUUUUCACCGAACAAGUUUCGUGGGAUAAUAUUCAUUUUGGUUAUUUUGAUAACAGAAUUGACAAAAGUAUGGAGAAGUAUAUUUCAGGCAGCCAAUAUUAUUCGUUAUUGGCUUCGGCGCUAUAUUCCCGCAACAAAGCGACUCAUUGAGGAAAGUCCCAGUACAUGGAUUAUGAAACAAGCUAAUGAAAUGAUCGAAAAACGUAAAGAUAUUGGUCAUACUGGUCGAACAGAUUUAUUACAGCUGAUGCUCGAGUCUAUGUCCGAUCAAGAUUUCAUUCAAGAUGGGCUAGCACCAUGCGAGAAAAGUGAUGAUACUGAAGUCGAAGCACCACUAGUUCGAAAAAUUACUAAACAUGAGACCUCAGCGAACAUUCUCCUUUUCAUGGUUGCUGGUUAUGAGACUACAAGUACAGCUCUUAGUUAUGUGAUCUAUGUUCUUGCUACCCAUCCAGAAGAACAGCGAAAGUUGCAAGAGCACAUCGAUGCUUAUUUCGAUCCAGAAACAGAAGAUACCGUGCCAACAUAUGAAACCGUCUCCGAAAUGAACUAUUUGGAUAUGUUUAUUCGGGAGACUCUUCGCAUGUUUCCCCUUGCGCCUACGGCGAUUAGUCGUCAAAGUACCGAGGAUUUUUGCAUCAAAGGCUUUGGGACAGUACCAGCAAAUACACUGAUUAGCGUCGACAUGUACAAUUUGCAUUACAAUCCAAAUUUGUGGGGUCCCUUGGAUCCCCAAGUGUUCCAUCCCGAAAGAUUCGCCACUAAACGACAUCCGAUGGCAUGGAUUCCAUUCGGAGCUGGGCCGCGUAAUUGUAUUGGCAUGCGUUUUGCUUUGCUUGAAAUUAAAAUGUUACUUGUUCGACUGCUGAAAACAUACACAGUAAUCGAUUGUGGUGAAAAAACACGCAAACCAUUCGAACAACUGGUAGAAAUGCCUGUCAUUGCACCUAAAGAAGCCAUUAUCCAACUCGAACGCAGAGAUAAACAGCUUCAGUGA